CGCGUGCAACGUGCUGCCACCGUCUCAAUCACCUCAGCGUUCAUGCUGGGCACCUUCGAUUCAGAAUGGGACAACAUUGGCAUGAUGGCUUUCAGUUCAUUAUGUGCUGCCUCUGCUACAACAUCAGCCCUUCCAAACUGGUUUACGUUCCCCAAUUGGUCUUCGAAUACGGCGGUGUUAACUUUUUCCUGGUAUAUGCCGUUGUUUGUGUGAUGAUGACGAUACCUAUGAUGCACCUACAAGUCAGCCUUGCGCAAUUUGCGAGUUCCGGCAACAGGGGUGUCCUGGAAAGCGUUCCUCUCCUCAGAGGUUUCGCGUACGCAAAAAUCGUUCUCGUAUGGUGGGGCUAUCUGCCACUGGGAGAGAGGCUGGCGUUCUCGUUGAUCUAUUUCGUGUACGCUUUCCAAACUGUGCCUCCUUGGAUGUCCUGUAGCGCUGCAGCUGAAAUAACAAAAGACUGCUUCGUUCGCAGCACCGAUAAGGUUGCAUGCCAUGAUGCAUGGUUGAACCUCGCGCACAGAUACAGGACGUCGAAUCUAAGUGAAGGCAUUGCAAUCAACCUCGACGAAAACACCGUAGUAGUGCCCAGACUCCUUUUCGAUGUUGCAGCGGAAUCUUGCGUGCGAGGACGACAUACAGCAGCAGAGUUGUUCUUCAGGUCUCGAAGCCAGUCGUCCGAAGAGAUCACUCUGUGGGCAGCAGUAACGUGGAUAUUGGUGUACAUGUUUUCGAGACCUGGAAUUGUCAACUGCGCUGAGAUUCUGCGUGCGUUUACCACGCUCUCCAUGACUGUUACUUCAAUCAUAGCUGUCCGCAUUGCGUUCCUCCCUGGCGCGUUCUCCAAUUUCCUCAGUGUGCUGGUCAAGUGGAAGGAAUUCUACAAUAUCAAGCUAUGGAGCGAUGUUAUAGAGGUUCAUCUUCACGAUGUUGGCAUCACGAGCAUGGUCCUCUACAGGAUCGCCUCAUACAACAAGUUUAGUAAUGAUUUUCGUUGGCAAAUCCAUACAAUCGUGGCAGUCGACCUCAUCGCGUGCCUCAUCGCUGCCUGGUUCUGUUCCGGCUUCGUGGGACACCUUGGGGAAGCUUUCGCUGUCCUCCCUACAUCCAUAUUCCGAUCAUCGACGGAUUUACUCUACGUCGUCGUUCCCGAAGUGAUGAGCAUGUGGAGUCUGCCUCGAAUCUGGUGUACCUUCUACUUCCUCUCUCUUCUUCUGCCUUACCUAAUAGUUCCGGUGAUUUUCACGGAGUCUGCCAUUGAAGUGUUCCUUUACGAGUGGCCUAAGCUGGAAAAAUACAAGCCAAUCCUUUGCGGCGGCAUCUAUACAGUCUUCUUUGCUGCUCAAUCGGGGUUCGCAGUCAAAGGAGGAUGGCGCCUCCUAGAUUUUCUCUCCUUCUUCGGAAGCGGCGCUGCUAUUACUGAAAUCACUCUGCUUGAAAUGGUGCUCAUUGUGCGACUCCAUGGCAUCAAGAGAAUCGACAUCUACUUCAAGGCAAUGGUGGGGUCCCCGCCGAACGCUUUCAUAAGAAUUUGUUGGACUUCACUAUUUCCUGCAGUACCUAUGGUCCUAAUUCUAGUGCGUCACGCCUUCUUCAGCGACGCCGACCACACCAAACCAUACAGCACGGCAAUAGGAAGUGUUGGACUUGUGGUGUCUUUCUCGGUUAUCAUUGUAUACAGCAUAGUAUUAUCCAAAGAAAACAAGUUCGACUGGACUGUACUGACGUCGCCAACCAUAAGGUGGCAUCCAAAGCAACGCCAAGAUCGAUUCACCUACAAAGAGCUCAUCGGUGAAGAUAUAUGACGACAAGGAGCGAAUGCUGGAUUCUUCUCCGGCGCAUAACCUUACAAACUGACAAGACAUGGAAAACUGAUAUUGUGAAAAAUAAAUAACGAGUCACCUCACCAGAGAUGCGUCGAGA